UUGUAUACAGCACAUUAUUAGUUUUAACAACUAUAUAUAUAUUUAUAUAUAGAGAGAGAAAGGUGGGGGAAGAAUAUGGGAGAUGGAAUAAGAAUGGAAAAAUAUGAAGAUGAUGAGUAUGAUGAUGUGGUCAUUUCAAUGGAAGGAAAAGAGAUGAAGAAGAAUAAUGUGAAGAAGGUGAUAGCAGAUGAUGAUGAUGAUGAUGAAGGGCCUUAUUUGGUAUGGGAAGACAUAACAGUGGUGUUGAAGAGUAACACCAAAGGAAGAAAAGUACUAAACCAGCUCUGUGGUUAUGCCAAACCCAAUAGGAUUAUGGCUCUCAUGGGUCCUUCUGGUUCUGGCAAAUCCACCCUACUUGAUGCUUUUUCUGGAAGACUAUCUUCAAACGUUGGAAUGAUAGGCAGUGUUCAUGUUAAAGGAAAGAAAGAGAAUAGUCGAAAUUUUGGAGGCAUUUCAUAUUUAACCCAAGAGGAUGUCUUCUUGGGAACUCUCACAGUAAGAGAAACUAUAACAUACUCAGCUCAUUUGAGGGUUUCAAACAAAAUGAGCAAAGAAGAGAUAGAGAAGUUGGUGGAGAAAACAAUAGAAGAAAUGGGUCUGCAACACUGUGCUGAGGGCAAGAUUGGAAACUGGCAUUUUAGAGGCAUAAGUGGUGGAGAGAAGAAGAGGCUGAGCAUAGGUUUGGAGAUCUUAACACAACCCCAAAUUAUGCUUCUUGAUGAGCCAACCACAGGGCUCGACAGUGCUUCUGCUUUCUUUGUCGUUUGUACACUUAAUAACAUAGCUCAUCACGGUAGGAUUGUCGUUUGCUCCAUUCACCAGCCAAGUGGCUAUCUCUUUGAUCUCUUUGAUGAUCUGUAUCUCCUCUCUGGUGGAGAUGCUGUUUAUUUUGGAGAUGCCAAAUUGGCUGCCAAGUUCUUUGCAGAUGCCGGGUUCCCAUGUCCUACAAGAGCAAAUCCUACAGAUCACUUCCUUCGAUGUGUUAAUUCAGACUUUGACAAUAUAUCUACACAACAAUCGAGGUUUACCAUGUCAGGUUCACUGGCCAAAAUGACCACACAAGAAAUAAAAGAAAUUCUCAUCCACAAGUAUAAUAAUUCAGAAUACGCAACACUAACAAGGGACAGAAUCCAACAAAUUAAUUCAACUGAAGAAGUGAUUGUGUUAACAAACAAGAGCAAAGCAAGUUGGUGGAAACAAUUGUAUACUUUAACAGAUCGUUCAUUUGUAAACAUGAGAAGAGAUGUGGGAUACUAUUGGCUAAGGAUGGUAUUCUACUUGGGUGUGUCUGUAUGUACUGGAAUUAUCAACUACAAAAUCAACACUUCCUAUUUGGACAUCAUUGCCAGAGCCAAGUGCCAGGCUUUUGUUUAUGGCUUCAUGAUUUACUUAUCCAAUGGAGGCUUACCUUCUUUCAUAGAAGAGAUCAAGGUUUACAACAGUGAAAGGUUAAAAAAUCAUUAUGGAGCUGCGGUAGUAAUGGUAUCAAAUUUUGUUGCAUCAUUCCCAUUCUUGUUGGUGACAGCCAUCUCAACUGGAACAAUCAUCUACGAAAUGGUGAAAUUACAUCCUGGAUUUUCUCACUAUUCCUAUUUUGUGCUCAAUCUGUUUUGCUGCCUUUCUGUCAUAGAAACUCUGAUGAUGCUCGUUGCAUUUAUGGUUCCCAAUGUCCUCAUGGGAAUUGGGAUUGGCACUGCUCUAAUUGUGUUUAUGAUGAUGGCAUCUGAAAUCUUCAGACCUAUAUCUGAUCUUCCCAAGUUCUUCUGGCGCUAUCCAAUGUCUUAUAUCAGCUUUGCGUCGUGGGCAUUACAGGGCGUGUAUAAGAAUGACAUGAUUGGUAUAGAAUUCGAUCCAUUAGUGGCUGGAGAUCCAAAGCUGAAGGGUGAAAUACUUCUCCAAACAAUGUUUGGAAUGCCUUUGGAUCAUUCCAAAUGGUGGGAUUUGAUGGCUCUGGUGUGUUUGUUAAUAUUACAUAGACUAAUAUUUCUUUUGGUCCUCAAAUAUAAAGACACCAUAUCACUCCACUCUAAGAUAUAUGCCAACACAGUGUUCCACCAAAUUGCCAAGACAAGAUCACUAACUCAACAUUUUACUGUAUCCAACAGAAACCAAACUCUUUAUUCCUUGUCUUCUCAAUUGGAUCUUACAUCUCCAAUGCGACCCAGUUAGUCAUCUUUUUUGCUUUGAUGUAUUAGGUUAUAAUAAUUAAUCAACCUAGCUGAAAAUAAUAUAUACAUGUUUGUAAUAUUACAUGCAAAUAAUUCAAAAUCUUCUAAAGAAGAUUUGAAACAUAAUGCUAGACAUAGAUUUUCUCU